AUGGCAGCAGCCACUUUGACCACUUCUCUCCCCCAGUUCAAUGGGCUAAAAUCCAAAGUCUCAUAUGCAAAUGUACAAAGCCUGGCAGCAGUUCAACCAAUGAGGCGCAAGGGCCAGGGUGCUUUGGGUGCUCGCUGUGAUUUCAUUGGCUCACCCACCAAUUUGAUAAUGGUGACUACUACGACCCUAAUGCUAUUUGCUGGGAGGUUUGGGUUGGCCCCAUCUGCAAACAGGAAGGCAACAGCAGGGUUGAAGCUUGAGACCAGGGACUCUGGGCUGCAGACUGGUGACCCAGCUGGGUUCACUCUUGCUGAUACAUUGGCUUGUGGCAGUGUGGGUCACAUUAUUGGGGUUGGGGUUGUUCUUGGCCUUAAGAAUAUUGGUUCCCUGUAA